UUGUUAAAGGUUAGGCUUUUAUGCUGGGUAUGUGAAGUUACACUUAGGUUUAAGCUGUUAUCGGGUUUUCUGGCUUUUGCUUUUUCUUUUGGCUGUUGUGUUUUGUCCAAUUGUGAUCAAAGUGAAUUUAUUCCUGCACCUACAGUCGAGCCCGUAGGUGCCUGUGAUUCUUCGUUCCAUCGCACAUCAUUAUCAAAUGCUUAUAAAGAAUCUGCGGAAUAUAGAGCUAAACGUGACAGGAACAACAUAGCAUCGCAGAAAUCAAGGUUGAAGCGACAAAACAAGUUUAAAAUGUUGAAGGAAGAAGAAGUCGAGUUGAAGCGGAAGAAUGCAGAAUUAGUUGCUAGAGUUAGCAGCUUGGAACGACAGGUUCAGGACAUCAAGGAUAUAAUAAUGAAAGCGAUUGCUACUUGA